CCAGCACUAUCGACACACAUGCAAGAAUAAGAAUUUAAUACAAAAUACACAAUGGGUAAGAAUUACUACGAUAUACUCGGGGUACCCAAGGGUACCAAAGACGAGGCGGUGCUCAAGAAAGCAUAUAGAAAACUGGCUAUGAAGUAUCAUCCCGAUAAACAAAGCGCCGAAAACAGAGAGGCGGCUACAAAGAAAUUCCAAGAUAUCUCUGAGGCAUACGAUGUCCUAGGUGAUCCUAAGAAGCGCGAGAUAUUUGACAUGUAUGGAGAAGAAGGUUUAAAGGGUGGUGCUCCUCCCCCAGGCGAAUCUGGGGGUAUGCCAGGUGGUAUGCCUGGUGGCUUCAGCUUCAGCUCAUUCGGCGGCAGACCCGGAGGAGGUAAUGGAGGAGGUUACCAGUUCUCAUCACAAGACGCCAAUAACAUAUUCGCACAGUUCUUUGGAGGCAAUAUGGGCGGUAUGGGUGGUAUGGGCGGUAGUGGUGGCCAGAGAAUGGGAGGUAUGGGGGGUAUGGGAAGUCCGUUCGACGGCAUGGAUAUUGACGGAGGAGGGGGCUUCGGAGGGUUUGGUGGCCAGUCACAACAGCAAGCGUAUGCCGCCGAGGUUCCACCGAAGACACAUACCCUGGCCUGUACAUUGGAAGAACUGUACAAUGGUUGUACGAAGAAGAUGAAGGUCACCAGGAGGGUAGAAGAUGAGGCCACACGCACAGCUCGCAACGAGUCGGAAGUGCUGGAGAUUAAGGUGGUGCCCGGUUGGAAAUCUGGUACUAAAGUCACAUUCCCCGGAUCAGGGGAUAAACGUCUGGGCAAGGCACCCCAGGAUGUUGUAUUCGUUAUUAGUGAGAAGCCACACAAGACUUUCCAGAGAGUGGGGGAUAAUUUGGAGGUAGAGGUGCCACUCUCGUUGAAGGAGGCUUUGACAGAUGCUGCAGUAGCUGUUCCGACUAUAGAUGGCGGCGCGCCUGUGAAGCUGAAUUUAUCUGGACCUAUCCAGCCGAAUACGAAGAAGGUUCUAAGCGGUAGGGGUAUGCCAAAGAGUAUGAAGAAAGGCGGUGGUGCAGGAGAUCUCAUAGCGAGGUUUAAAGUGAACUUCCCAACUAGCUUAUCAAGCAUCCAAAAACAGAAAUUAUUAGAGAUAUUGUAAUUAACUCAACAGUACAUACUUUAAAAUAAAGAGAAUAUAAUAUAUGAAUA